CCCAAACACCGAUAAACCAAACACGCAACAAGAAUUACAAAAAAUGAAAAGUAAUAUUUGUAGGGUACAUUAUAAAGUUGUAUAAUAUAAAGUUCAUUUACUUGAUUAAGUAUAGUUUGUUUUCACUACCAAUUGUUUCUAUAUUUUUGUGAUUUACAAUGGACGCAAGCAAAACAUUCGCUAAAAUAAUAGAACUUGGCAAAAAUAAUAACAAACGUGAAGAAUUACAAGAAUAUUGUAAAUUAAAAAUUGAUCAGAUUAUCAGUUUUCUACCACGGCGCAUUUUAAAUUCCGAUGGGGCGGGCCUCCUAGAUUGUAUAUUAAAUGGAAUAUCCGAUGAACCAUCUUUGGGUACAAAUAAAGUUAAAAUAAUUGAUGUAGUACUUAAUACACUGCGAAAAGAAUCAAUUUCCCUAACUCAUAGCAGUGAUAUUAUGAGUAGAGUGCUACCGGAACUACUGAAACAGAAUGUCACAGAUUUAGUCAGAUGGUGUGAUGAUUGUGUGCAAUCUAUUGUUGAAGACAGUGAUACCAAUAUGAUAUGGAAGGAUAUCCUACCGGAACGUUUGAAUGCAAUUGCUACUUACAACAGUGUAAACCACUGUGGUACUGAUAUGACCGGUGCUGAAUACAAACAACAGUGUAUACGCACACUGUGUCAGUGCAAAUGGAAGGAUCAUCAGCUAGUACAACUUACAGCUAUGUUCAUAGAUAUGGAAUUAUCAAAAAAUAAUCAUAAACAAGUAGUAAAUAAGAUAUGUUCACAUAUCAUGGGGUUAACACCUACGGAACUUCCACCACUGGUUCACAGACUUGUAAGACUGUGCAAGUUAUAUCACUUAGAAAUUGUGCUGGCGCAAUUAAGUCAUUACUUUAACUUACAUCUCUAUAGUAAACUGGAGCCUCCGCCACAGGAUUCUGAAUCUACAACUAUGGACAUUGAUGAUUUAGCACAGCUAAGUCCAGCUGAAUUAAGCAGUUGUCUCUCCACAUGUAUAUAUCACAUGACACAAGGUACUGCGGAGCAUGAACUCAUAAAGAAACACAUCAAGACGUGGCCAAAAACUCAACUGUUGCGAGCUCCCUUCCUCGUUGAUAUUGCUCUUGCUGUGUCAGAUAAGGGUGCUGAGUUUAAAUCAGUAUGCUUAGAUGCAAUAAAGUCAGCAAUAGAACAGCGUGCGCUGGACGAGUUACGGUGCAAGCAAUCAGCUUGGGUGCGCUCUGUACUGCCGCCUGAUGUAGAUGUAGUCAGUGUGCUUAAAGUACUUACCACUGAAAGUGCCAAUCACAGAGAGUUGACAGUACUGGGUUUAAUUAAUUUGGCAUUCUCUCUACUUGGUGUGUCUCGUCUCAAGCCAGUAGCGCCUGUACUGUGGUCGCAUGGGAAGCUGAUACUGGUCCGUCUGUGCAAGACUCAGCCCGCUACCACUGGACAUAUACUGAGUCAGCUCGCUGAUAGACUAUGUGGAGAUGUUACCCAGAGACAGUAUUCAGAAUGUUUCUAUAUACUAUGCAAAUUGACUCCGGUGUCGGUGGAACCUUGCACUCAGGUGAACCUGAUCCUUGAGAACUGUCAGCCGGCGGACGCUGAGUACGAGAGCGCUGCGCUGGUGCUGGCCGCCGUACACCCGCUGCUCGCCUUCAGCACCAGGGUUAGAGAUGCUCUGGUGAUGAUCUGCCGCAAGGGAUUAUACGCAAGGGACUCGCUGCACCGCUGCCUGUCGGUGUGCGGCUUCCUGACGGUACUGCGACAUAUCAAGCUGUCAGGCGCACUGCCCACCAGCCAGGGUUUUGGAGACCAGUUCAGUGUUCAGUCCUACCUCACCCAGCUCACUGUCGACGUGCACGCCACGCAGAACGGAGCUGUGACGUCACGUGUACGUAACGAGGCGAUGUGUAUGGAAGUGGUGUCAAUACUUCGCCGCUGUCUAGUGCAAGAUGCGAACGUUAAACAGUUGUUUUACACAGAGUUAUACGAAUGUGUGAAGGAUAAGCCAGCGCUUCAUGAAGCUGUAUUGGAACUACUCUAUGAGCAUCUGAACCAGUUCCUGCCUGAAGAUGAAGACGGUGCAGUGAUACUGCUUGAUGAUUGUAUACAAAUUACAUCUACCUCCGCUGUACUCACUGAACCGAUCUCCCGACUGUUGUACCUGGUGGCGCAGUUCCUGCAGCCGGUGGAGGAGGACCUGGAGGACAUCCUGUCCAGCCCAGAGCUGGAGACCGCCAGCGCACAUCUGAAGAGCAAACUGAACAUUGUCAUGGACAAAUUGUGCUCUUCUGAUAAUAUUGCUAAUAUUAAUAUGGAGGAUCCAGGUUUGUCAGAUUUAACACCGGAAUCGAAAGCGAAGUGCAUCAAGGUGCAACAAGUGCUGCAAUGUCACGAGGCGCUGGCGGCUCAUCUCGUGAUGCAGUGGACUCCCGCCAGCAGGAGCGCACCUACCAACCUCUACAAGAUAUACAAAGCUUGCAGUGAACUGAUGGAUCAAACGAAGACACCAUCGAAACAAGGUAAAAAGAAUACUAAGUCACUACUCAACGAAACAGGAGAAACUGCAAAAUCUCAGAAAAGUCAGAAAACACAGAAGGAUAAAGGCAAAGGUGUUAUGAAAUUGUCAAACAUGGUGAAAGACCGAACGGGACCAUUCAAACCUUUACCCUGUUUAUGGGAUCUUAAGUUUUGUUUAAGGAUUCUCAUCUUGUUGUACAGUGAGGAGGUUCCGUGGUCAUCAGUGGAGCAGCGCAACCAGAUCCGGGCAAGGCGAGACUUCCACCAGUGGGCACUGCGCGGUGUCAUGGCCGCGGUGGCAGAGUGCGGACACACGCGACACGCGCUGACACAUCUCGUUAAAAUAGCAGCUUUAUUAUACAGAAGAUGUGUUAUCAGAUUUGAAGACUUGUGCAACUUCGAUGAGCAAACAGCGCUAGGUUGUUUGGAUGUAUUCAAAAGUUGUCUGAGCUUUAUAUUGUCAAGUAACUACUCCCUAAAAUUAGAAUCUCUCGUGCCGUAUAUCACGGGACUGACAGAUACUACAGUGGCAGCUAGUAUAGCAAACAUAUUAGAGCACAUACAUACUGCGCUUGCACAUCUCGAGGUAGAAGGCACAGAAGACGCAGAUGCGACUGGAAAGAAGAUCUUGUCAGCUUUGUGCCAGCUAGCCACGUUACUGCUGGAGACACCAUUACAACCCAGCCCGGAGAUGAGUCGAGUGAUAAUAAAGUUGGAGGAGUACGUACGGCGCAGCAAGCAGGACUGGUUGCAGCUGCUGGUGCCGCUGCUGGCCGCAGCCUGCCGGGAGCAGCAUGAGGCGCAGCUGCUGGACGACCUGCUGGAGAAGCUUGCUACUGCACUUGGCAGGAUUGAUGAAGAAGACUCAUCGGAUGUGGAAGAUUCUGAAAUAUUUCCAAGUAUAGACUCUCGUACGGGACACAUUGCUCUGAACCACGUGUGCGCUCACCUCGGCUAUAGGUUCAAGUCCGUGGAACAUCUUCUGACCCGUGCUCGUGAUCUGGCGAGCGCGCUGGACACUGCUGCGCCAUCUCAUCAUACGAGGAUUGAAAAAGAGGUGAAGGAGGUGUACAAGUGCGUUGUGGUACAGUUAUGUCAGUUGUCGGUGUGGGCGGGGGGAGUGGCGCGCAUGCGCACUUCUGCUGCGGGCUGCGACCGCGUGCUCGCAGUCUGCGUGCGUCUGUACGCAUUGCUAGCCACACUAGUACGACAUAUACAGCCUGAGCUAGCUAUCGCACUUAGAUUGGACCGUCUCCUGAAGAUAUCAGGCAAACGUCUAUCAUCAGUGAUGGACUGCCUCAUCACGUAUUUGGAGCAGGUGCAGCAGCAGCAAGGGGCGAGGCGUGGUCGUGACAGCCGCCUUGUGCCGCGCCUUGUACUUGAAGCUGAGCAGUUCAACAAGCAUGCGACAAUACUCGCCAACAAAGCUAAGGUUGAUUAUCAACAAUACUUUUCAUUGGGCAUCGCACACGACUUCAAGAUAAAGGCUUCGCUUUUACAGCAAGUGUUAAGUGCUAGAGAGGAGCAGAAUGACACUGCGCUGACAGUUGUGAACACUGUUUUUGUUGGCGACAUCAGUUUGACACGGGUCCGGGUUCGAGCCCGCGGCAGCUGGCGGCGCUUCUCGGAAUCAGAGGGGGCUUGGGAAUCAAAUGAUGGAUUCUCCAAACUACGACUACUGCCAAGCUUUUAUUGUGUGUGCUAUUCCUGCCAGAUCCAAUUCCUGCUACAACUGACAUCUGCAUCGACCCAGCUGUCAGUUUAUUACAAGAUUGAUGCCUUGCUAUCCUUGCUGCUCUCCUUGCUGCUCGCCGUGCUGCUCACCUUGCUGCACGCCGUGCUGCGCGCCGUGCUGUGGAUACUAUCGUUGUUGCUGAGGUCAUGGCCACCGAAGAGCCGGUCGCCCCUCCCAAUCGUUGGGGCGACGGCACACUCGAGCUUCGGCGACUAG